GCAACCAAUGGAUUUGAUGGCACAGCCACGUCAUAACCUCAAAAUAUUUGUCCCCACUAGACAACUUGGCAUUUAUAAAACCAGCCAUUUUGAUUGAACUCCUCGGAAUUCAAAGUUGAAACUCUGGAUUUGCUUCACAGGAGAAGUAAAAUGGUGGUCGAUAAACUCAACCUCACGCCGGUCUCCAAAUUUGAUGAUACCUUCGACAGAGCUUCGGAACUAAAAGCGUUCGAUGAAACUAAAGCCGGUGUUAAAGGACUGGUCGACGCCGGUGUAGCCGAAAUCCCAAGAAUAUUCUACCGGCCACCCAAAAAAGACAGUUCCGAUUCCGACAAGAACUCGGUUCCCGGCGAAAUCCAACUCGGUGUUCCGGUGGUGGAUCUCGAAGACAUCGAUAUAGACCCCUCGAAACGCAGGGAUGUGGUCGACAAAAUCCGAGAGGCGUUGGAGACGUGGGGGUUUUUCCAGUUGAUAAACCAUGGGAUUCCGGCGAGUGUUACGGAGGAGAUGAUAAAUGGGGUCCAUGGAUUUCACGAACUAGACACUGAAGUGAGGAAACAAUACUAUACGCGAGACACCACCAAGCCUUUGGUUUACAAUUGCAAUUUCGAUCUGUACAGCGCCCCGGCUGCCAAUUGGAGGGAUACGUUCUUCUCUUACAUGGCCCCAAAUCCUCCCAAUCCACAAGACUUGCCCGAAGUUUGCAGAGACAUCUUGGGUGAUUAUUCGAAACGAAUAGCGAAGCUUGGGGAAGUGAUAUUUGGGCUGCUUUCGGAGGCUCUUGGUCUGAACUCAACCCAUUUGGUAGACUUGGACUGCAACGAGGGGCUGGCUGUUCUGUGCCAUUAUUAUCCGGCAUGUCCGCAGCCGGAACUGACCAUCGGCGCCACCGAGCACUCCGACGAUACCUUCGUCACGGUGCUGCUGCAGGACCAUAUCGGAGGGCUUCAGGUGCUUCAACAGAACAAGUGGGUGGAUGUUCCGCCGGUUCCCGGCGCCUUCGUCGUCAACGUCGGCAGCUUAUUGCAGCUGAUAACGAAUGACAAGUUCGUGAGCUCGGAGCACAGAGUGGUGGCAAAUCACGUGGGUCCGAGAGUAUCGGUGGCAAGUUUCUUUACAACCGCCACACAACAGACCUCGAAACUUUAUGGACCUAUCAAAGAAUUGUUGUCGGAAGAAAACCCGGCCAAGUACAGAGAAACCACAGCUAGAGAAUUCAGUCUCUACUUCGCUGAAAAAGGCCUUGACCAGAAAACUGGUGAUGUAAGAAGCACCAUAGUUGGCGAUGAUAACAAAUGAGUCCGGCAGAAUCAACAGGAAGAAAAAAAUCAGCUACUUGAUUGCUUCAUUGGGGUUGCAAAUCACCUGGAGCUUUGUGCUAGCAAUAAUAGAUGGCUAUGCUCUGGUGAGAAACAA